AGUGUGUGACUCCACGCUGCCAUGCUGUUUAGUAUGACAUGUAGCCCAGUGUUACGCAAACUGCGUUGAGGGCGGCGAUGGAAAUGGAGAGAGUUGCGGGUUGGAGAGAGGAGAAUCCCAGCAACGCCCGUUUUCGCGGAAGCAGAUCGCAGGCAAGAAGAAGAAGGAAGACAGACAUCAGGUCCGUGUGCUGAGGACUGUGCUGCUCUACUCGCUUCUCUUCUUAUUGAAAAAGGGAAAAAACAAGAAGGAGAAAAAGAAGAGAAAGAAGAAGCAGGAGGAGGCACACCCUGCGCUGGGAUUACGCACGAGCAGAGGGACCCUGGUACAGCUGAAUCCGACGACGCAAAUGCGUAAAGACACACAGAUAUGAGGCCACCGGAGUCACCUGGAGGAAAUCUGAGAGAGUCCGGGUCGAGCUGGACCUGCUCGUGCAGCUGUCCCUGACCUGGCUGUGGAGACACUGGGGACACUGGGAAAACAGAGCGUUAGAAGCUCUGAGACUGAAUUUUUUUGGAGGGUUCAGUCUGUUUUCCAGGACACACUGGAGCAAGGACAGGAUUUCUAAACCGUUUCUAGGGGGACAGUGGACAGACAGACUGGCCUGGAAUUGUUAAGGUCCAACGCGGACAUUUGUUUGGGAUUGAUUGAUUGGUCUCACUUGCUUUGUUUCUAGCGCUGAUCUUUUAAGGAGGCUGCAUUCCAGAGGACGUUUUGUAUAUGCAUUAAAAAAACGAAUCGUGGUCCUAAAUUAAAGUGUUUAUUUAUUUAUUUAUAUUUAAUUUAUGAACAUUUAAAGACAUUCAGACGGCAGGGACACGCACAGGUUUCCGGUCUUUUUUUUAGUCUUACUAUCCCAGAGACGUUUGGGUGGCGAUCUGCGGAGGAUGGGAGAGAGAACAGAAUCCAAGAAGACGACGGUCUCGGGAAGACACCGUCCUAAAACAGGGCAGUGAUGCCAGGCAUGGUGAUGUUUCGGCGGCGCUGGUCAGUUGGCAGUGAUGACCUGGUGCUGCCUGCACUCUUCCUCUUUAUACUGCACUGCAUAUGGCUGGUGGUGCUCUCGGUGGUUCUGUUCGGUCUUCCGUACGGGUCAGAUCAGUCGUGUUCCGUCACGCUGGUGGAUCACGGCCGCGGCUACAUGGGCAUCCUGAUCAGCUGCCUGAUCUGUGAGAGUGCCAUCAUGUGGCUGAGCAUGAGAGGCAGCAUCCUGUACACGCAGCCCCGAGAGGCCGUGCAGUACGUGCUCUAUAUACGGCUCGCCAUCCUGCUGGUAGAGUUGGUGUAUGCGGUGGUCGGGAUCGCCUGGCUGGUGCAGUACUAUCAACCCUGUUCUGACGUCACGGCCAAAAACCUCGCCCUCGGUAUUGUGGUGUGUAACUGGUUAGUGAUCUUCAGUGUGUGUUUCACUAUGAUGUGCACCUUUGACCCCACGGGAAGAACCUUCGUCAAACUGAAGGCCACACGCCGUCGCCAACGCAACCUGAAAACAUACACACUUAGACACAGAUUAGAGGAGGGUCAAGCCAGUAGCUGGAGCAGGAGACUCAGAUUCUUUAUGUGCUGCACCAGAGCUAAAGACACACAGUCUGACGCCUACUCGGAGGUGGCCAGCCUCUUCGCCGAGUUCUUCAGGGAUCUGGACAUCGUACCCAGUGACAUCAUCGCUGGCCUGGUGCUGCUCAGACAGAGACAGAGAGCCAAGAGAUCGGCCAUCUUGGACCAGCCGAACAAUGAUAUUUUAGCUUUCCUGUCCGGAGUGCCGGUAACACGCAGUACCCGCUACCUGGAUCUCAAAAACUCGACGGAGAUGGCGAUGUAUAAGGAGGUGUGUUAUUACAUGCUGUUUGCCAUGGCUGCGUACGGUUGGCCCAUGUACCUGCUGAGGAACGCUACCUGUGGAAUCUGCAGACUGCUGAGCUCCUGCACCUGCACGUCCGGCUCCAGGUCUCGUCUCUCUCAGUCUGUAACAGUAGAGGAGGAUAACUGUUGCGGCUGUAACGUCCUCGCGAUCCGGCGCCAGUUUUUGGACCGAGACCUUAAACAGGUUCAGAUAGUCUACACGUCCUGCCACGAUGCGGUCUACGAGACACCUUUCUAUGUAGCAGUAGAUCACGGCAAGAAGAAAGUCGUCAUCAGUAUCAGAGGAACAUUGUCACCUAAAGAUGCUCUGACUGAUCUGACUGGAGAUUCUGAGCGAUUGCCUGUGGAGGAACAUCACGGUGUCUGGCUUGGGCAUAAGGGGAUGGUUUACUCAGCAGAGUACAUUAAGAAGAAACUGGAGCAGGAGAUGAUUCUGUCUCAGGCGUUCGGCAGAGAUUUGAGUAAAGGAACGAUGCACUACGGCCUGGUCAUCGUGGGUCACUCUCUAGGCGCUGGUACUGCGGCCAUCCUGUCCUUCCUGCUCCGCCCCCAGUAUCCCACACUGCGCUGCUACGCGUACUCUCCUCCUGGAGGUCUGCUCAGUGAGGAUGCGAUGGAGUACUCCAAAGAGUUCGUCACCUCAGUGGUGCUGGGGAAAGAUCUUGUGCCCAGGAUCGGCCUCUCUCAGCUCGAGGGUUUCCGUCGUCACCUGCUUGAAGUCCUGCAGAAAAGUGAUAAGCCAAAGUGGAGGAUCAUUAUAGGAGGCACUAAGUGUAUCCCUAAGACAGAGCUGCCUUUAGAGGAUGAUCCUCCGUCUCAGGGCAUGACUCCAUCCACCUCCCGGCUGUGUCUCCAUCCCAGUGACCUGAGCAUUGCCCUGUCUGCCUCCACGCCGCUCUACCUGCCUGGACGAAUCAUCCACGUCGUCCACAACCACCCACCUGAGACCUGCUGUGGUCAGGAGGAUCCCACCUACUCAGCUCUUUGGGGUGACAACAAAGCCUUUGAUGAGGUUAUCAUCUCACCGGCCAUGCUGAACGAACACAUGCCACACGUGGUGUUGGAUGGCCUUAAUAAGGUUCUGGAAAACUACAAUAAGGGCAAGACGGCUCUUCUGUCUGCUGCUAAAAUCAUGGUUAGCCCAACAGAAGUGGACCUGAAUGCCGAGACCUACUUCCACGGAGCCUCCAACUCCCAUGAGCCCACACCACAAACCCAACACCGCAGAAACAGCAGUGUCCGCUCCUGCGCUCGCUCCGAGAUCUCUCUGGAUGGUUUUUCCGAGUGUCCUCCUCCAGCCGUGCCGGUGGUGCUGAUGGGGGCUCGCGAGCGCUUGGCCCUGGAGCUUCGGGAGCGAAAGGCUCCGCUGGCUGUGAUGGAAAGCCUUUCGGACGUCGACUCUGUGUACAGCAUGGACUCUCGCCGCUCCUCGGCUGCUUUCAGAGGCUCGCCGUGUCUUGGGACUCUCCCUUUCCCCCUUGACGCCCCGAUUCCUGAGGAGAAUCCGUCGUUGAGCUCACGUACCGAGCUGAUUCAGGCCUCACCCGAGCGAGAACUUACAGGCCAAACCGGGCCCUGCUGCCCCACACCACCAGAACUCGCUUUACCCCCUAAUGAAAGCCACAGCCUCUCUCCAGAACUUGUGGUGCCUUCUAACGGUGGUGGCCAUUUCCCACGCUUUACACCCAAACAGACCGGUGAAGGUCAGCCAGGCCAGCAGAAGGCACUCAUUCGCGCUAAAUCAGAGACUUUUGAAGCGUUUCGGAGGUCAAACAGCAAGAACUUGAGUCCUGUGGCCCCAUGGACUGGCAUUAUAGAGAAGGAACGCAGAGAGAAUCCAAAAAAUGAAGGCGUGAAGAAAGAGGAGAAGAGUAAAAAGGAAGUCCGAGUGGCUCCACUGUCCAAUGGGAAUACCAGUCAGGCAGUGCUGGAGUUUGCUCAGUAUCUGGAUUCCCUCUUCAAGCUAGACGGAAGCGACUCUCUGCCUCCAGACAAUUCCGACGCCGAGUCCGAAUCGGGACGCGGCUCGUCGGUUCAGACGGAAGAACAGCGCAUGGAGGACUUGGACAGUGAUCAGCAGCUACUGGCCAGAGCCACACUCGAGCCUAAUCUUGUCCCUAAACCUCCUCGAACCUUCGCCGGCUCUGCUGAACCUUCGUCCGGUGUUUCUCUCUCGCCGUCCUUCCCUUUAUCCUCUUCUGGAGAGAUGAACGACCUCUCACCCGUCAACCACACCGUGCUACGGACUUCCGCUGCUUCUCCUUACGCUGAAGAAAACACGUUAUCCUCCAUAGUGUAGUGAAACGGGGACUUCAGGAAAACUGCUCUUUUUUGGUGUCUGUAUAUUUCACUUUCCAGUCUUUCCCUCUUUAGCUCCUUCCUAACCAAUGGGGCAAUUUUAUCUUCGCUUUAAAAAGAAAAAGAUGCAUGCGUAGCAACCUGUUCCAGGCACCCAGGCUGAGAGCGCCGACUGGUUCCCGAAAACCUCAUUUUGUACCAUCACUGACGUUUACACACUGAAUGCGGUCUCCCGUUUCCGUUUCAGCUGCUGGGACCAGGAUUUAUCGAGUCGUAAGGGAAAGAAGCUUCACACAAACCACCCAUCAAGUCCAUACUUAUGUUUACAUUUCCAUUAACGCCACUGAACUAUGCGUGUGUGAAGUGGGCGGAGUCACCGGGAAGGCGGAGCGAUGGACAGAUGUGUUGUGUACAGGUUUGCGGAUGCAGUGACAUUUCCUCAGGUCUUUUCAGAACAGACAUGACAGAAGGAUUCGAAGUUCCACUUUUCAGAUUUCCGAUUGAAGGACGUUACUGCGCACUUGCCACAGACAGGCGGCACUCGAGUUCACGCCCUGUGGAACGAAGGGGCCAUUUAAAUUUUUUUUUUUUUUUGAUUUAUGGUUGUUUUGGUGUGCAUGAGAAAAUAAUGAAUGCUUAUUUAUAACACUUUUGGACUCUUUUUCUUGUCAAUAUUAACCUGCCAAAUAUGUGUAGGAUAUGAACCUAUGAAAAAAAAAAAAACCUACAUGGAUUUAUUGGUAUUUUAUUUAUUGGUAUUUUUUUCACAUAUGUUUUGGCGUAUAAAUCCAGUGACAUGGGGCAUGCACACCGAUCAACAGUCAUGUUUUUCUAUUUUAAGAGUCACAAUUCAAGAACACGUAGCAGUAACUUGUUUUUUUAGGGACUCUCUCUCUCUCUGUCUCUCUCUCUGUCUCUCUCUCUCUCUCUCUCUCUCUCUCUCUCUCAUAUCUGCGUAAUUUCUACUGCUAUUUCUAUGACUAUAUUACGUUACUCGGUGGUUUAACUUUAUGAUGAAUAUUUUAGUAACCGUUACAGUGCGACUUGCCUUUUUCUAUUUUUUCUCAAUGAAGUGUUUUCAGUUGGACUUUUCUUUUCUUUUUUUUUAAUAGCAGGAGUUCAUCUUGUGUCUGUAGGAAAAGUACAGCAGUGGGACAUUAGCCCUAGUAGCCCUAGUCCUAGCCCUAGCCCCCUGAAAGAGUGCACACUACUACUGAAAUUACAGGCUAAACUGUCUGAAAGCUGAAAAUAAGUACCCCCUCUCCCUCUCCUUCCUGUUUUUCCUUUAAGAUCUUUGACAGAAUCUGGAGUCGUUUUUUUUUUUUUUCUUUUGGCAUCAGACAGCAUCUUAUGUUGUGAUUUAUUGCAAAAUCUGAAUAUAACCCUAAUAAUAAACGUUAACUAUGAACGUUAAUAUGGCAGAGAAAAUCAUCUCACUAAAUUUUUUGCUUAAAUCUAGACAUUACAAGAGCCUUUAAUCACAGCUGUCAGUGUUUACAUGGACUGGGUUUUUGAAUUGUAGGAUUCAAGGAUGAUGCUUUUUGUGACUUUAUCUCCAGAGCACAGAAACGCUGCCUGAAAAUCCUUCCUACUUUUCCGCAGUGACCCUGAUUACCAUAUUGUGCCAUACCUUUGCCUAGAAACGACUCCAGGUACAUCCUGUGCUGUAAAGAUCAGGUCUGCUUCCCUCUCCAUUAGCAAAAUAGGGUCCAAACUUGAACACGAGCCCCUGCUCGACUCUCUCGCACCCUCAGGUCCACUGCUGUACUUUUUUUCCCUAAGUGAUCGUGGAUAGCUGUCUUCUUCACGUGAUUAUUUUAUGCAAGUAAAUCCCAUCUCGUUUUCAGUCGAACUAAAUAAAGAAUUGAAUAAAUAUUCCACUUGGACGUUAUAAAGAAAAAUGGCUGUAUCCUGUACCAUAGUGAUGACUUUAUCUGAGAUCUAUAGCUAUAUAUGGAGUAUAUAUAUAUAUAUAUAUAUUAUAAAUGCAGGGGAUUUUAUCUGUGCAUAUAUACUGAUUUAUUAAAAGAAUCAGUAACAGUAGCCAUUGAUCUUCUGAAGAAACAUGUUUCUUUCUAUUGUUGCCAGAUAACUUGCCGGUCCUUACUUUUCAUCACGAAUGAGAAUGUAUUAAAAACCUGCCUGCAUACACACACACACACACACACACACACACAAGUACCUUGCCUGUAAAAGAAUAAAACAGUACAGAUUUCAGACAUAA